GAUGGGGCCAGCUCUCUCUCUCUCUCUCUCUUUCUCUCUUUCUGUGUCUCUCUGUCUGUGAGCUUCUGUUUAUUUAUCGCUGAAUGCGACAGUCUCUUGGCCUGACUGAGAAGCAGCGAGAGAAGAGAAGAAACAACAUGACGGCCCUCUGGAUACUGUCUGUAUCCGCGCUGAUGUGUCAGAUGUCCAUCACUGCGUCUCUGCACUGGAGGAAAGCUCUGUUCCCAUCAGCCUUCAGAGUGAAGCGAGGGACGCCAGCGCUGCUCAACCCCACGUUUCAGAAAUCAGCGGAGGACGCCAGCCUUCUGUUUGAGGUGUUGUGGUCAGGAGGGUACAUGGACGUGGUGAACGGGACGCUCCACAUCUCCGAUCAGGAGCUGGCGUCCAUGAGGAAGCUGGAGGUUCUGGAGGUCCUGUGUGAGGACGUGCUUCCCAGAAGCCUCUCUGAGAUCCAGCGGCUCAGUGCUCAGCUGGAGCUGCGGCGCGGCCCGCUCCGGAUGGAUGACUUUGAGCGCACCGUCCUCACCAUGGUGUACACCGCCCAACAGCUCCCACACACCAGCCCCGGCCACCAGAGGGAGCUGUGGGCCAACACACUCCAACGACUCUAUAAAGCCAUCAGAGGAGAUCUGCGGCCUGCAGAGGACUGACUGACCUGUGCUCCUCAA